AUGAAUCCAACUUCGCCUCCUAAACAAAGAUCUGGAAUUGUAUUUGGAGAUCUAUCGCCAGUCAAGUUAAACUUAUCCACGAAAACAACCUAUUCUCCACCAGUACAUGAUCAUCAUUAUCAUCAGCCUCAUAGAACUCCGGACCUUAUAAUUCAUCAUCCUCAUGGUUUAAACGCUAAGCACGAAGCUAGAAGAAACACAAUUGGUCAUAACAGUACCAAUAAAAGAAAAUCAUUAGUAAAUACUCCUUUGAUUGAUCCAAAAAGAAGUACAAUGACUUCUCCCACCAAUAGCCAAAAUGGAAUUAAUUUGGAUAGUAUUCGUAAAUCAAAACAAUAUUUUGAUUCUAAGAUUCCUCAACUUUCUUAUAGUGGGAAAGAGAAUGCUGAUCCUGCAAUAACUUCUAGUUCUCCAAUGAGGUUUGAUCAUUCUUUGACAGUUCAGAAUGAUGAUUCACCUCUCAAACAUCCGGUAUAUUUUGAUAAUCAUGACUCUCCACUAAAACGCCGUCCAGAAGAAGGGUUGGAAGAAGAUAUUUCUUUUUCGGUAAGCAAAAAGAAAUCCAAAGGAAAUUCUUCACAUUUGCAAUCGGAUUCACGUUAUGAUAAUAAAGACGAUGUUCUGAUUGAAGAAAUUGUUGAGAAAUUAAAUCAAUCCCGUUCGAGAAUUGCCGAUUCAAGUUCAAUUAUAAGAUCGGGUGGGGUUGACGAAGUCGAUCACCAUGAUGGAAACAAAGAAGAUGACACUGAACCUCAUACGCUUUAUAACAAGAAUAUCCACAUUAAUAAACUCAGAAAGAAUUCAAAUACAUUUGAUUACUUCACUCCUGAGAGGUAUACUGAACCUACACCAAAGAGCCCCAAUGGUCAUCAAAGUAAUCGUAUUAAUAUGUUAGAUGAUGAUCAGACUGAGGAUGUCAAAUUGAGUGACUCUACAAGUCCAUUGAAGACUCAUAAAUUUAGAAAUAAACAUGCUAAUAACGAUGAGCAAGAAAGUCAUGAAAAGGAGCAACAACAAGAGGAAGAUGAACUAGAAGAACAAGAGGAAGAAUUUACUAGUGAUCAAAUAAUUUCUAGACUUGAGAAUGAACCAACAAUAAACUUCUUAAUGUCGCCUAAUUCCAAACCAAUCUUUUCAAGGGAUCAUGUUAGUAAAAUCCAACAAGAGAACGAAGCAAGAAUUAAUGAAUUAAAUGAAGAAAUAAAUAUUCGUGACUCAAGAGUCUCAAAAUUAAAUGAAGAAGUAUUCAAAUUAGAAGAAUCCCUUGUUUCCACUCAACAAGAAUUGCGUGAUUUAAAAGAAUCAAAAACUAAAUUGCUUAAUAAUGAAGAAUUUCUUUCAAUUCAAUUAAAGCACAAUGAGCGUGAAUUGGCUUCAUUAACCAAAAGUUUCAAGAUUCAAGAGAAUUCGCUCAUGAAUUUGCGUAAAAGAUUAGAUGAGAAGCAAACGGAAUUUGAAGAAGCUUCAAAUACCGUUGAAUUAUUGACUGAGCAAGUGGAAAUUUUGAGGAGAAAAGUGAAAGAAUUAAAGAGGGAUCUCAUUGAUGAAACUAACUCAAAUUCGGAAAAUAAGACUCAAUUGGACCAAUUGAUUAGGGAUAAGAAACGCAUUGAGCAGGAGAAUGAACAUCUUUUACAUAAACUCGCACAAGCCGAGGAUCAGAUGAAUUCUAAAUCAAGCGAAUUGAAUUCCUUGUAUGAAGAUUUAAAACAUCAAUAUAGUGAGCUUAACCAGCACUACGAAGCUUUAGAAAAAGAAAGGAAGAAAUUAGAACAAGAGAAUGAUUCCUUGGUAUCAAUAAACAAGGAAUUAAGUUCUCAAAAUGAAUUGAAUGCCAGGUUGAUUAAAGAAUAUGAUACAAUUACUGAAGAAAAAGUAGCUGAUUUAGAAACACAACUUGAAUCAGCCAGAUCCCAACACCAGGAAGCCACUGCCAAUCUCACUGAAGAAUAUGAGCAAAAACUCGCUAGCUUAUCUUCCGAAAUAAGUCAAGCUGAGUCCCAAACCCAAACACUCUCCAACAGAAUGAACCAACUCGAACAAGAGAACUCCGAACUUCACCAAACCCAAAACCGUCUCGAAGCAGCUAUCAACGACAAAACUCAAAUCAUAUCAGAGAAAGAACAUAUCAUUUCCGAGGACAUGACAAAAAUGACUCAAUUGAUAGAAGCAAUCUCUAAAGUUGAAUCAGAAUCUUCAACAACGAUAAACUCCCUCAAUUCCCAAAUUCAAUCACUCCAAGAUGAAAAUUCCCUCCAACAAAAGCAAAUCGAUUCACUUACUGAAAAGCUCGAAACUGCGAAUCAAGAUGCGGAAUUGGAAAUCCAAAGAGUUUCGCACGAUUUACAUCAAGCAUAUUCCAAAAAGCAUAGUAAGAAAUUAGAUGAAGCUAAAGCGUAUUUCGAACAAGAAAGAGAAGGGUUAAAUAAGGCUAAAAGGGAAGCUCAGAGGCAAUUGGAUAUUUCGAGGAGACAAUUGCAAAAAAGUGAGAAUCAAGUUAGGCAAUUGAUGGAGAUAUUUAAGGCUAAUAAUAUUAAGGUUCCUAUUCAUUUGAGAGGUGGAAGUCCUGAUAGAUCUAAUGUUGCUGAUGAUGAGAAUAGUGUUUCUGGAAUUUAG